AUGAAGACCGGCUCUCAGGUCCGCCUGCUCCUCUGGAAGAACUGGACUCUGCGCAAACGCCAGAAGAUUCGGUUCCUGGUUGAAAUCAUCUGGCCGGCGGUUUUAUUUAUCGGUCUGGUGUGGCUCAGAAAGGCAAACCCCCUGUACCAGCAGCAUGAGUGUCAUUUCCCAAACAAGGCCAUGCCCUCGACUGGGAUCCUGCCGUGGAUCCAGGGAAUUUUCUGUAAUGCCAACAACCCUUGUUUCCGACACCCGACCAGAGCAGAGGGCCCGGGCGUGGUGUCCAACUACAACAACUCCCUACUGGCACGUUUUUACUCAGAUCUCCAGGAGCUGGUUCUCAAUGACACAGACGUGCAUCAGCUGCGCCGGAUUUGGAGCGAAAUGUCAGCAUUCUCAAACUUCAUGGAGACGCUUCGUCACAAUCCUUCUUCAGUAUCAGGCCGUGGGCUUAAAGUAGAAGACAUUUUGAAAGAUGAUGAAGACUUCACAUCCUUCUUGUUGAGAGACGUCCACCUCACGGAGUCUGUGGUCUACCAGCUUGCCAAUGCACGGAUACGACUGGAACAAUUUGCGUAUGGUAUUCCGGACCUGCAGCUCAAAGACAUUGCGUGCAGUCAGGCUCUGUUGGAGAGGUUCCUGAUCUUCCCCAGUCGCCACGGGUUACACAGUGUGAGAAACGCCAUGUGCGCCCUGAGCCAGCAAAGUCUGCAGACCAUAGAGGACGUGCUCUAUGCCAACCUCGACUUCUUCAAGAUAUUCAGACUGAUGCCUCAGGUGAUGGACAGUAGCGCUCAGGGCAUCGACCUCCACUACUGGGGCCGUGUCUUCAAGGCUUCAUCUGACAGAGUCAGACUGCUGCUAACUCAGGACAGUUCUCAGGAUUUGUUUCGGUCUCUGGCCCCUCUGCUCCAGGCUGGGGGCCCCUCCACGUUCUCCCAGCUCAUGUCCAGUGUGUCAGGCCUGUUUUGUGGGUAUCCGGAGGGAGGGUGGUCCAGGGUCCUCUCCUUCAACUGGUACGAAGACAACAACUACAAAGUGUUUCUGGGCGUUAACGGGACCAAGAGCCAAAACUAUGUCUAUGACGAGACUGCAUCUCCCUUCUGUAACUCCCUGAUGGAAACUCUGGAGUCAAACCCAAUCACAAAGAUUGUAUGGAGCUCCGUGAAGCCACUGCUGAUGGGAAAGAUCCUGUACACACCCGACUCCCCCGCAGUACACAGGAUCCUCAAGAGUGCCAACACCACAUUUGAGGAGCUGGAGCGACUGAUGGUGAUGUUUAAAUCCUGGGAGGAGCUGGGGCCUCAGAUCUGGAACUUCUUCCACAGCAAUGUCCAGAUGAACAUGAUCCGGGACACCCUCAGAAACCCGACAGUCACUCAUUUUAUGGACAAAAGUUUGGCGGAGACUGGUUUUCAGACCAAAGACAUCCUGAACUUUCUGCACAAUGGCCCAGAAGAGCAGCGAGAGCCUGGGAUGGCCAACAUGGACUGGAGAAACAUCUACAACCUCACAGACCAAGUCAUACGAAUGAUCAACCAGUAUGGAGAGUGCAUCAGCCUGGAUAAGUUUGUCCCUCACACUGAUGAGUCCCAGAUGACCUACCAUGCUCUGCACCUUCUAGAGCACAACAAGUACUGGGCAGGUCUGGUCUUCAUGGACAUGUUUCCCUGGACCACCACUGUCCCCCCUCACGUCAGGUACAAGAUCCGAAUGGACAUCGACGCAGUGGAGAGGACCAAUAAGAUCAAGGACAGAUAUUGGGACCCGGGCCCCAGAGCAGCCCCUAUGGAGGACCAGCGGUACAUUUGGGGCGGCUUCGCGUACCUCCAGGACAUGAUCGAACACGGCAUCAUCAAACUGCACACAGGCAACGACUGGCCCCUGGGCGUCUAUGUACAACAGAUGCCCUACCCGUGCUACGUGGACGAUGUGUUCAUGAUCACCCUGAACCGGUGCUUUCCGAUGUUCAUGGUUUUGGCCUGGAUUUACUCGGUCUCCAUGACGGUGAAGAGCAUCGUCCUGGAGAAAGAGCUGAGGCUGAAGGAGACGCUCCGAGUCAUGGGUGUAGACAGUGGGGUGCUCUGGUACACCUGGUUCAUCGACAGCUUUAUCAUGAUGACAGCCAGCACCGUUCUGCUCACUGCGAUUAUCAUGGGUGGUAAAGUGUUGAACUACAGUGACCCUCUCCUGGUCUUCUUCUUCCUGUUGACCUUCACUGUGGCGACCAUCAUGCAGUGCUUCCUCCUCAGUGUGUUCUUUAAUAAGGCGAACCUGGCAGCGGCCUGCAGUGGUAUCAUCUACUUCACCUUGUACCUGCCCCAUGUGCUGUGCCUCGCCUGGCAGGACCGCAUCACCCGCAACAUCAAACUGGCAGCGAGCUUGUUGUCUCCGGUAGCGUUUGGUUUUGGGACAGAGUACUUGUCACGGUAUGAGGAGCAGGGCCUGGGUCUCCAGUGGGACAACAUCCAGACCAGUCCAUUAGAAAAGGACUCAUUCUCCUUCCUCUCCUCAAUCCUCAUGAUGAUGUUUGAUGCUGUCCUCUAUGCCAUCCUCGCCUGGUAUCUGGACAAUGUAUUUCCAGGACAAUAUGGCAUCAGCCGACCAUUCUACUUCCCACUGCAGCCUUCUUAUUGGUCCAGACCUGCCCCAUCACACAGUGAAUCACCCCAUCAAGAUGUUGAAAGGCCGGAGCCCAAUCGUGCAGAUAAAGACACAGAAAGCGCAGACAUUCCAGAUAUGUCCAACUGUAAUGGAUCAGGCAGCCGAAAAACCUGUAAACACCAACACAAACGAGACAGGAUCACGAGAGAGAGAGAGGUACUGAGGCAACAAGAGGACAGCCCACACAUGGAGGAGGUCCCAGAGUCCAACAAUGAAGGUCAGCUGUUCUUUGAGUCCGACCCGGUUGGUCCCGUGAUGGGGGUGCAGAUCCAGGAUUUGGUGAAGGUUUUCGACGGCAGCUCUCGUCCUGCAGUUAACCACCUCAACAUCAACUUCUACGAGGGACAGAUCACCUCUUUCCUCGGACACAACGGAGCAGGGAAAACAACCACACUUUCGAUCCUGACUGGCCUAUUCCCUCCCACCUCUGGCACUGCCUUCAUCAACGGCAGAGACAUCCGCACUGACAUAGACCUGAUCCGUAACUCUCUGGGGAUGUGUCCACAGUACAACAUCCUCUUCAAACACCUGACGGUGGAAGAGCACAUCUUGUUCUACUCUCUGAUAAAAGGUCGCUCUCAGGCUGAGGCAGAGCAGGAGGUGGAGGACAUGCUGCUGGACCUGGGUCUGCCGCACAAGAGACACGAUGAAGCCCAGAAUCUGUCUGGUGGGAUGCAGAGGAAGCUGUCUGUUGCCAUGGCGUUUGUCGGAGGGUCAAAGGUCGUGAUUUUGGAUGAACCCACAUCAGGAGUGGACCCGUAUUCAAGGAGGUCCAUUUGGGAUCUGUUACUCAAGUACCGGACAGGCCGUACUGUGAUCCUGUCCACUCACCACAUGGACGAGGCUGAUCUGCUCAGUGACAGAAUCGCCAUCAUCUCUCAGGGACGGCUCCACUGCUGCGGCUCCCCUCUCUUUCUCAAGAACUGCUUCGGACUGGGCUUCUACCUCACUCUAGUGCGCCGCAUGAAGGACCUGAGGCGGAGAGAGAAUGAGUGUGACUGCACCUCUGAUUGCUCCUGUGGCUGCUCCAUCUGUACGGCCUAUAAGGAACAGUCCCAGAAUCUGUCCCAGCACCAAGACAGGGUCAUGGAAGGAGACAUUGAGACCAUCACCAGUCUGAUCCACCACCACGUCCCAGAGGCUAAGCUCAUAGAGACCAUCGGACAGGAGCUGACAUACCUUUUGCCCAAUAAAAACUUCAAGCACCGCGCCUACGCCAGCCUGUUCAGAGAGCUGGAGGAGACUCUGGGGGAUAUGGGCCUCAGCAGCUUCGGCAUCUCUGACACUUCACUAGAGGAGAUUUUCAUAAAGGUCACUGCAGACGGAGAGGCGGUGAAUAAUGCCACCACUGCAGAGCAGUGGAUGUUACAGCACAGGAAAAGCAGCAGCAGAACGGCCUCAGAAAAUGAAGAGCACAACGGCGCCACCAGUGGGGCGGGAGGCAGCAGUGCAGGGAAAGGCUCCAGACAGGUGAAAGGUUCCAGGCUCAUCCUCAAACAGUUCUGUGCUCUGAUCAUAAAGAGGUUUCACCACGCCACACGCAGCACCAAGGAUUUCCUCGCACAGAUUGUACUUCCUGCCAGUUUUGUCCUGAUAGCCUUAAUCUUCACCACGAUUGUCCCACCUUUUGGAGAGUACCCUGCUCUCACUCUGAGCCCCUGGAUGUACGGAUCACAGUUUACUUUUGUCAGUAAUGAGCAGCCCCAUGACCUGAGGAUGAAGCGGUUCACUGAGCGCCUGUUGAAUCCUCCAGGACUGGGUACUCGCUGUAUGGAGGGAGAACCACUCGGAAUGCCCUGUAGUAACGAUACUUCAGAGUGGGUGUACCCAGACAUCUCCCCGGAACUUGCCACUGUUUUUGAGAGCUCUAAUUGGUCGACUUUGGACCCCUCCCCCUCCUGUGAGUGCAGCAGUACCAGGCGUUUGACUAUGAUGCCCGUGUGUCCCCUCGGAGCAGGAGGACCACCCCCAAAACAGCGUCAGGAGCGAAGCGGGGACACCAUGUUGGAUCUCACAGAGAGGAAUAUAUCUGAUUAUCUGGUCAAAACCUACCCCAGCCUCAUCAGGACCAGCCUGAAAAGCAAAUAUUGGGUCAAUGAGCAAAGAUAUGGAGGUCUGUCAAUAGGAGGCCGGCUUCCCAUUCUGGAUGUAAAACCAGGUGACAUCCAGGAGGUCUUCUCUCAAAUUGGACGAAUAGUCAACAUCACUGCAGGCCAUCGCUCCAGAGAGGCCUUGAGGAACAUUGGACCAUUCUUGAAGUACAUGGAAAGUGAAUACAAUAUAAAGGUCUGGUACAAUAACAAAGGCUGGCAUGCUAUGGUGUCCUUCAUGAACGUAGCGAACAAUGCCAUCCUCCGCGCCUUCCUCCCUCCUCACGCCAAACCUGUGGAGUACGGAAUCACAGCUGUCAAUCACCCGCUCAACCUGACCAAGGAACAGCUGUCAGAAGUGACUGUAUUGAAGACUUCAGUAGAUGCAGUAGUUGCCAUCUGUGUUAUUUUCGCCAUGUCCUUCGUCCCGGCCAGUUUUGUCUUAUACCUGAUCCAAGAGCGUGUGACUAAAGCCAAACACCUGCAGUUUGUCAGCGGGGUCAGCCCUCUGAUUUACUGGAUCGCCAACUUCAUAUGGGACAUGGUAAAUUACUGUCUGAGCACAGCGAUGGUGGUGGGGAUUUUCAUGGCAUUUGAUAAGAAAUGCUACACUUCACCAACAAACCUGCCAGCGCUGAUAACACUACUGCUCCUCUAUGGGUGGUCAGUGACGCCCAUGAUGUAUCCCAUGUCCUACAUCUUUAACGUCCCGAGUACGGCUUAUGUGUCUCUAUCCUGUAUAAACCUGUUCAUAGGAAUCAAUAGCAGCGCCAUCACCUUCGUCCUGGAGCUCUUUGAGAACAACAGGGCGUUGCUGGCUUUUAACGAAUGGCUGAAGAAUUUCCUGCUGAUUUUCCCUCAUUUCUGUUUGGGACGCGGUCUGAUCGACAUGGCCAUGAACCAGGCAGUAACCGAGGUCUACGCCAGAUUUGGAGAGGAGCACAGAGCCGACCCAUUUAGAUGGGACUUUGUGGGCAAAAACAUGGCUUUUAUGGCUGUGGAAGGAAUUUUUUACUUUGUCCUCAAUCUGCUCAUUCAGUAUCGCUUCUUCAUGGAGCACUGGUUCCCUGUGAGUCCAAACACGGGGCCAGUUAUCGAUGAUGACAACGAUGUGGCAGAAGAGAGACGGAGAAUUUACGAAGGAGGCAGCAAGUCGGACAUUCUGCAAAUCAGAGACCUCUCCAAGACAUAUGUGGGCAGGAAGAGGGCAGCGGUGGACCGGAUUUGUGUAGGAGUUCCAGCAGGAGAGUGUUUUGGUCUGCUGGGAGUGAAUGGAGCAGGGAAGACAACGACCUUCAAAAUGUUGACGGGUGACACCGACGUGAGCUCAGGGGAGGCCUCUGUGGCGGGAUACAGCAUCCUGACCCAGAUCCUGGAUGUGCACCAGAACAUGGGCUACUGUCCUCAGUUUGACGCCAUAGAUGACCUGCUGACAGGACGGGAGCACCUGUACCUGUACGCCCGCCUCAGGGGGGUCCCGGAGUCCGAAAUCCCCAGAGUGGCAGAGUGGGGCAUACAGAAGCUGGGUCUGUCUGAAUACGCAGGUCGCUGUGCAGGGACGUACAGCGGAGGAAACAAGCGCAAACUGUCCACCGCCAUCGCCAUGAUCGGAUGCCCCGCCCUCGUGCUGCUGGAUGAGCCCACGACGGGGAUGGACCCUCAUUCCAAGCGCUUCCUGUGGAACGCCAUCAUGAGUGUGAUCCAGGACGGGCGAGCUGUGGUGCUGACUUCACACAGUAUGGAGGAGUGUGAAGCUCUGUGCACUCGUUUGGCCAUCAUGGUCAAUGGCACCUUCAAGUGUCUGGGAACUAUUCAACAUCUCAAAUACAAAUUUGGAGAUGGAUAUGUGGUGACCAUGAAGAUAAAGGCAGCUAAAGCAGGCCAGAGCCCAGAGCUGGAGCCAGUGGAGAUGUUUAUGGAGAGCAGCUUCCCAGGCUGUGUUCAGAGGGAGAAACACUAUAACACGCUACAAUACGAGAUCUGCUCCUCCUCGCUCGCUCGCAUCUUUCAGCUCGUUGUGUCCAACAAAGAUCGACUCAGCAUAGAGGACUACUCUGUGUCACAGACCACACUGGACCAGGUGUUCAUAAACUUUGCUAAGCAGCAGACAGGAGAGGAUGAAGACACAAGACGAAUAGCUGCAGGGAGGAAAGACGUCAAAAUCUGCCCCACCAAAAGGAAAACAUGAACAAAUAUAUCCACUUUUUAAACUUGCGCAUCAACUCAUCAUAAUACACAACAGCAUUUAUAUAUCUGAUGUUAGCACAAGCUGUAACUGGGUUGUACAUAUGUGUAAAUACAUAAUCUGUUCUAUGUUUAUUGUCAAUUUGCACUUUAGCAGCUUGGUUUUGCAAUAUUCUCUCUAUUAAAGGGCCUAUAUGACUGUAUAUCUCUUCUUUCUAUUUCUCCAAACAAC